GAUCCAAGAUUCAAGUGGAGCUCUGGGCCUGUCCACUGGAGAGCUCUAGAUGAUCUGUGUGGUCACGGCAGUGGCUGUAGUUGUCACCUAGCUGUUGAGAACUCCAGUAGGUGUGUGGUGUCACCUGGCUGUUGAGGUUUCCAGUAGGUGUGUGGUGGAACAAAAACUUCUCUUCUCUUCUCUGACCCGCUGUGGCCUCGCCCUCGCUGCUAGCUCUGAUGGUGGGGGGAAGCACCCGGGCUGCUGCGGCUCCCCUGAGGGCCGAGCGGCAGCAGCAGCCCUCUUCACAGCAGCGGGUGGCAGCGGGAGGGCUUAGCUGGGGGCAGCCGUCAGCAGGCGUGGGGGGGCCGCCGGCGGCCAGGCGUCGCACUGCUGAUGCUGGGCCGGCUGGCGUGCAGCAGCAGCCCAGUGGGGCUCCCGCGCCGCAGCUGCCCUUUGAUCAGCGGGCAGCCGCCAGGCAGGAUCAGCAGCUGACAGCUGCGAUGCAGCGGUACUUGGCCCACAAGGCGGACCUCCAUCUCCAGCAGCAACGGCGGGUACAGCAACAGCAGCAGCAGGAGCAGCAGUGCCAGGUGCAGCCGCCCAGGCCCCGGACCGGCUCCCGGUUUGAGGUCCUGGCCACGCUGGGGGGACAGGACGGGGCGGGCGAUGGCGCUGCCACGGCGGCGCCCGGGCGUGGGCGACGGGUGCAACCAGCCGCGCACGCACCGCCGCCGCCGCCGCAGCAACAGCCCCGCUCCAAAGGGCGCGGUGGCCCCGCCCAGCUCCCGCAGCAGAGGGCAGGGCGCUUGGGCGGCGGGCUGCCUCCCCCGCAGGACGGUGCUAGCUCGCCGCCGCGCGUGCCCACUGGGCGGCCGGCCGGGGGACAGCAGGCUGGUGGGGGAAGCGGGUCGGGGCGCCAGGGUGGAGGAGCGGGACAGGCAGUGCCCCAGCCGCCGCCCCAGGCGCGGCCGCCACUGCAGACGUCACAACCGGCGGGUGGUGGUAAGGGCAGGGGCAGGGGCCUGGGCGCGCCGGCUGGGGUUUCGGCCGACACGGCUGGGCGCGCUGGUGGGGGUGCGGGCAGUGAGGCGGAGUACGGGGCCGUUUGCCUGACCCGGGACACGUGUGUUGCCAUCGGCUCUGACCUCGUGACACACCAGAACCGCUGCGCAGAUGUGCAGGGGUAUGAGUGGGCGCAGUUGGGCCACGACACGCUUGGUGGCCGCCUCCUCGCCUACCUCCGUGACCAGGGCGCCACCGUACCGGACUGGGCCGUCUGCCGCGUGCCGGCUGGCCGUACCGCCGUCCUGGCACAGCUGCACGACGAGUUCACUGGCUGGUGGCGCCUAUACUCAGCCCAGCCUGCAGACACGCCCCUGCCUUCCGACGUGACGGAGCAGCUGGAUGACGCCGCGCAGCAGGUGCAGACGGCCUACAUGGACUACGUGCUCCUAGACGCCCGCACCCUGCGGUCCGCUAAGCGUGGGCCGGCGGACCCCGGCGGGGCCAGCGGGCCCAGCCGCCGGCAACGCCAGUACCGCAGCCGCAGUACCUCCAGCCUCAUGAGCCUGGGCAGCGCUCCAUUGCGCCCCGGCGGCGCCAGCUCAGGUGCCGCUAGAAUGAGCACCAGCAGCGGCGGCGCGCCCCCCAGCCAGGGUGGCGGCCGCCGCGGCAAACGCCACAUCAGCAACAGCAACCGCAACCGCCACGGCGCUGCCGUGGCCGGCGGGGGCUCAUAAUGCGGCCACCAGUGGGCGCGGCGAACCUUCGGCUGCUGACAGUGAAUGUCAACGGCCUGGGCUCGCCGUUGAAGGCGCGGGCGCUGGUCUCGCACCUGCAGCAAGUUGGGGCGGAUGUGGCGAUGGUUUUUUUUUGAGGAAUCAUCCUUACAAGG